AUGGCAAGAUAUUUGCAGUCAGUGAUUGCCAUUUUCAUAAUAAUUGUCAACUGCAUUGAUACCAUAUAUGGUGUAGGAAUAAUUCCAGACUGUCCGCUUCCUCUGCCUUGUGAAUGUAAUGGAAAUCAACAGAUUGUGUACUGUAGCAACAAAAAUCUUUCGUCACUUCCUCCUAUCCAGAAGUCAGAAGGAAAAUGGACAUUUUACCUAGACGGCAAUGGGAUUGAAACUAUACCUGAAAAUUAUUUUUCUGGUGUCAGUAUCAAUUUUCUCUCAUUGGAAAACAACGCCAUUAGUACAGUUGGAGAGAAUGCAUUUCUAGGGAGUGAAAACACUUUAAACUAUUUUCAUCUUGAAUAUAACAAACUCAGAGAGUUGCCCAGUGCCAUUGCAAAGCUUAAACAACUGACUGCAAUUUCAAUUCAAGGAAAUCCAAUUCCGGAUUUUCCUGAAAAUGUGCUGCGAAACCUCUCCUCCUCUUUACAGCUGCUUAGUUUCGGAUCCGAGUCGAUGACAAGAUGGCCGAUGAACAUGCAUCUUCUUCCCAAUCUCUUUUCUAUUGAUUUAUAUGACGUACAGUUUCCUGAGCUGCCAGACGAUGCGUUUGCUUUGUACAAAAAUAAUUUGAUAUUCCUUAGCUUCUACAAUACUGGUUUAACAAAGUUACCAUCUUCCUUAAACGACUGCAGAAUGAUUUCAACCAUGACUUUUCAAGGAAAUAAGAAAUUGUCAGCAAAUGCAAUAACGGAGUCUAUAACCGAAGGAUUUCCAUUUCUAACGUCGAUAACAUUUGAGAACAAUGGAUUAACAACUCUUCCCUCUAUCUUUUCAAAAUCAGAUAAGAUUAGACAAAUUUAUGUUAAUAAUGAACCCAUAGAAUAUCUUCGUGGAGACAUUUUCCCGCCGGAUUUCAGCAAGUAUCUGUACUAUCUGCCCUUUAAUGGUACAAGAUUAACACGUAUACCACCUGUUUUGUCAAAUUUAGACUUUCUGCAGGCCUUGAGUAUAACAAACAGCCAAAUCUUCGAAAUUCAGGACAAUGAUUGCAGCAGAUUUUUCAAUCUAGAUGUCCUUUUCCUUAGUUACAAUCCCCUGACUCAGAUUUCGGAAAAUGCAUUUAUGAACAAUAAACGACUUGGUGAUUUAGUUCUGGAUCAUACUAAUCUCACCUCCAUCCCAAAAGCACUUUUGAAGGCAGAGUCCUUACAAUCGGUGGAUAUGGCAUCAUCCCCUGUGGAAUGCACAUGCGCCAGUCUAGGAUGGAUGAAGUCGUGGAAGGGCAUCCCCUCGUUUUAUGGAGACUGUGUCAAUUUAAAUGGAACCAGUAUAAUGACCUAUCUUAAAAAUGAGGUUCCCAAAUGUCCCUAAUUAUUUGUUUAUCUAAUUUAUUAUCUUAAUAAUGGAUUUUUCAAAA